AUGAAGCAAACACCCUACCAUAAAUCAAUACACCGCGAUAAAGGUGUGUUCAACGGCAAGAGCUUUCUUAUAUCAACGGACUCCAUCAACUGGAUCCAUCUGCAUGCGUUGGCAAUCACCGAACACGGCCAGCUCUACUCGUCCGACGAGAGUGAUAACCACUACCUCCUCCUACAAUCGUUGCAAUCGUGCUACGUCCAGAUCUUUCCCAACCUCAAUGCAGCUAACAACCAGCAACAACAGGCUCGUCCCACCAGACGGAUUAUCAAAAAAUCCUCAACUUUGGACAAUGUCGGUGCCAACGAACUGGACGAGCCUCCCGUGAUCUUCAUCAAAACUUACGAGAAUGACAAGUUGUACAUAAAAGUCCCAUCGAAGAACAACUUUGGAAACUUGAUCAGCACUUUGCUCGUCUGGCAGGCCUUGAAACCUCAAGGCUUGGUCAAGAAGUGGUACAGUGAUAAUAAAGUGGAGUACUCUAACGCGUCGCUGGAGCCCCACGAGUUGUUGGUGUGUCGUUUCAAGGUGUAUGGUCCUAUACCUUCCAAAUCAAAGAACUUGAAUAUAGUUUCUGGCCCUAAGGCUCCCGUAUAUCAACCAAAAAUCGAUCCUUCUCAACUGGAAUUCCUAAACGGUGAUAAUGUGGUUGGUUCCCAAUUUGGCGGUACUAAUGAUAAUAUCUCUGAAGGUUGGUUCUACACCAUGGGUGUUUUGAAAUCAAACGGUAUCCUUAACUUCAUUACUGAAUUGGACGGAACUCUUCUUUAUUCCAUAGACAUCAAAUCAAUUUUGUCCUCCGAAAUCAGGGAAAUGCAUCACUCACUUUUCAACAGUUCCAAUGUCUUGUUCAUAGGUCAAUUGAAAGAAUUGAGAUUCAACAACGUGAUAAAGACUUCUUCGACUUUGUCUAUCGAUCAACAUACAACACCCUUCUUGGUUAGAGAAGGAAAAUUGAUCCCUAAUAACCUGAGAGUUCUAAUUGAAUUUCCUUUACAUAUUGAUCUUGAGGAUUGGUUUGUCGGAUUGAACUAUUUUGCCAAGAGAGAGUAUAUUGGCUCAUAUAGCCCCCACCUGAAUGCGAACACAAGCAUGAAUAGUACUAGUUCAGGUACUUCAUUACCUGUUCACAACAUCGCUCCACUCCAACCACCAAAACUAUGCAACUUCAACCGUGAUAAUUUCCGUGUAUCAAAGAAAGUUGCUAUCGACAUUAUAGAAGCAAAAUUCGACAACAUGCAACCAUUGUCAUCUAAGCUCCCUCAAGGUAAAAUAUACACAGAAGUCAGAAUGUGGGGCUUACCAUGGUCUAGAACUGCAAUUGUCAAUCACACUAGUAACCCGUUCUGGAAGGAAGAGUUUGCUACUGACCUUCCUAUUCUGACUCAGAUGAUUCAUAUCUUAAUCAAAAAGUGCUCUUUCAGUGAUUCAAGUUACCUGCCUAAUGAUAAAGUGAUCGGAACAGUUUACGUUACUCCUGAUAUAUUGACAAAACAGCUAAGCACAGCUUCUACUAUGAUGUCAGGUGCAGCUGGGAAUGGAAUUAAUGUAAAUGGCGUUAACACUCACAAUGCUAACAACAUAUCGAUAUCCACAUUAAACAACGGCAAUACGGGAAUCAACCAUCCAACUGGUUCCAACGUGACAAAAAACUUCAAUAAUGACAUAGUGAGAUUGUCUAUCUAUGAUUCAUCCAACCUUCCUAUUGGAAAAUUGUUGCUUAAUGUGAAGCUCAAGGAGUAUCAUAUUUUAUCACCUAAUCACUUCAAACCGUUGGAAAAGAUGUUGACUAAUGCGCCUAUGAAAGACUUGAUUAAGUUCUGUAAUGAGAACGUUCCAACCUCAGAUUUUGAAUAUGUCAGUUUGAUCAUGUUGGAUAUUUUCCAGAGUCUUGGAGUCGAAGAUCAGUGGUUCAAAUCCUUGAUGGAAGCCGAAUUGGUCAAUGUUGAUAAGAUGACCCGUAAAAACUACGCAAAUAAAAGGAACAGCGAAAUAACGAGAGCCUCAUCCUCACUGAAUAACGUCUUCAAUACUUUAUUUCGUGGCUCAUCUAUUUUCUCGAAAUCAUUGGAAAAGUAUAACCUCAGAAUAGGUCAAGAAUAUUUGGAAAAGGUAUUUGGCGACUUCUUCGCCAAGAUUGCUGCAGAAAAGAAGAACUGUGAAGUUGACCCUAGGUAUGUGCGAAUUCAAGAAAAAUUGCUUAGAAAGGGUAAAUCACUUGAUAGCCCAGAGGAAGACGAUGACGACGAUGAUAGCAAUAGUGAUAGUGAUGGAUAUGACUCUGAUGUGGAACGUGAAAGAGAUCAAAAAAUCAAAAGCAUGGUUGAAGAGAACUUUAAUAAUUUAUACGAAUAUGCAGAGGAGAUUUGGCACAAGAUUUACAUCACUUCAAAUGACUUGCCUCUGCAAAUUAAGAUCCAAUUGAAGAAUUUCAGAACAAAGGUCGAGUUGGCAUGUGAUCCAGAUGAUAAGACAACAGCAUUGAAUUGCUUAAGUGCAUUUAUCUUUUUAAGAUUCUUCUGUCCUGCAAUUUUGAACCCAAAGUUGUUCUACUUAACUAAAAACCAUCAAACUGGAAGCACACAGAGGACUCUUACCUUGAUAGCCAAAAUUUUAUUAAAUUUGGCCAAUAGGCAAGAGUUUUCUCCUCACAAGGAGCCCCAUUUGGUGAAGAUGAAUGAAUUUUUGAACAAGCAUCAGCAAGAAGUAUUUGACUAUUUUGAUAAGAUUACCGGCAGAAAGAAUGACUUCAACGAGAAAAUCUUGGAUUUGAGUCAUGAAGUUAAGAGAUUUGAUUUAGGAUUGAGUGGAGACUCGACAUCCAAUGAAUUACCAACAACACCAUACUUGAUUGAUAAAUACUUGAGGUUGACGGAAUUGAUUCAUUUGUUAGACUACAACAAGUAUCAAAUGUACUAUUCACCCAAAUCAUCCGUGCAACCAAGUCCCCAGAAUGAGGCCGUGGGGUCGAGAGACAGUCAUGGCGAUUCCCUACAAAUUAAUGACGAGAAAAACGUCUACCAGAUUGGAUCACUCGAGUUUGAAAAAUCUGAAUUCCUUGACUUGGCUGGAGAUAAUGAGACUGAAGGGUUCCUCAAGUCUUUGUGCAGAAGUAAUGAGAACAUAUUUUCGUUCAUCACCUCCAAUAUUACCUUGAAGGAUUUACAAAAGCAAAGCACAAAGUUGAUGACCAAAAUCAGCGACUUGGAAGUGUACUUGGAGAACUGUGAGUACCCUAGCAACUACCUUCCAUACAAUUACCAGCAUACCACAAGCAUUAACAAUACCAAGCUCAUUCUCAAAUCAUACCUCGACGUUUCACGCAACUGUUUGGUAUUUUUGGACAAAGACUUUGUGCCCAACAGCGGCUACCGCAAGUUGGUGGACGCCAAUGCGUUCAGUGGGCUCAAGUUGAAGUUUGCCAAUGACGUUGCUGGUGUGGGUGCAAAAAAUACAAACGGGUCCAGUGCAACCGUCAACGGCACCACAGCCGGGACCACCAGCUCGAUGUCGCUGUCAUUCAGCAACGGCAGCUUGGGAAGCGUUGUCAAGACCACGUCCAAGAACCCGUUCAAGAAGUGGAUGCGCAAGAAUAACUAG